UAUAUCUUAAUUAGCGCUAAAACUCAGAUAUAUAAACAAAACACAUACACAAAGUGGAGUUGAAAAGUCUUUAUUUCAAUUUAGUUUAUGUCCUCUUAUUUAGCGCUAAAACUCGGAUGUAAAAACAAAACAGACACACAUAUACACAAAAUGGAGCUGAAAAUUCUCUAUUUCAGUUUUGUCUGACUAUUACAGAACCGCGUUUUCUCCUUUCAAUCUCGAGGAAAUGAAAAACUAUUGAAGUCUCAGCGUUUCACGCGCCGUUAGUCAGGUAAUUAUGCGAGUUCACAAGCCCACCGUUGCAUGCAAAUUAGCUCUGCAGUAAAAACCCCGAGGGAGCUUCUUGACGUAUUAUUAUAAAAACACAACAAAAAAGACAAUUAAUAACUUAACAAGGGUCAAUUGAAACAUGCGACUAAUAAUUGCUAGCAAUAAAUCCAGACACGAAAUCAACUUUAUGACCCUUUAUUAAAAUAAUUGCAAACAGAUUAGAUUAAAGAUUCUAUUAAAAUAGUCAAAGAAUGCAAGCCAUCCAUUUUUUUUACACCGCGCACAAUGUUUUACUUACCCCUCUCCCUUUUCAAUUUUAUUUCCCUCCUCAAUUUUUUCUUAUUCCCUCCCCCACAAUUUUUAUUAUUUUCCCUCCUCAACGUUUUGUAUUCCCCUCCUCCACCUCCACCUCCUCAUUUAUUCUAUAUAUUUUUCCAUCCACAAAUACAUCGACCUCCUAUCGACCCUACAUCGACCCCACAUCGACCCCACUUUGACCCCUCAUCAAGCCUACAUCGACCCCACAUGGACCCCACAUCAACCCCACAUCGGAGGAGGGGAAUGAAAAACAUUGAGGACGGAAAAUAAUAAAAAUUGUGGAGGAGGGAAUAAAAACAUUGAGGAGGGAAAAUAAUAAAAUUGUGGAGGAGGGAAUAAGAAAAAUUGAGGAGGGAAAUAAAAUUGAAAAGGGAGAGGGGUAAGUAAAACAUUGUGCGCGGUGUAAAAAAAAUGGAUGGCUUGCAUUCUAGAAUCUUUAAUCUAAUCUUUUUGCAAUUAUUUUAAUAAAGGGUCAUAAGGUUGAUUUCUUGUGUCUUAAAAAAAGUGUCUGGAUUUAUAGCUAGCAAUUAUUAGUCGCGUGUUUCAAUUGAUCCUUGUUAAGUUAUUAAUUGGUUUUUUUUAGUGUUUUUAUAAUAAUACGUCAAGAUGCUCCCUUGGGGUUUUUACUGCAGAGCUACUUUGUAUGCAACGGUGGGCUUGUGAACUCGCAUGAUUACCUGACUAACGGCGCGUGAAACGCUGAGACUUCAAUAGUUUUUCAUUUCCUCGAGAUUGAAAGGAGAAAACGCGGUUCUGUAAUAGUGAGACAAAAUUGAAAUAGAGAGUUUUCAGCUCCACUUUGUGUAUGUGUUUUGUUUAUAUAUCUGAGUUUUAGCGCUAAAUAAGAUAUAGGAAGCCGUUUCUCGCGUUGCUAGGUGAUCGCUUCUCUUAUUCCUUUUAAUAAACGGUCUGAAAACCGGGCUCAAGUUACUUCAUGGGCAAGUCGAAGCAAGCCUAUUGUUUCUAUUGAAGCAGAGAGACGCUCAUUAGUAAACCUGUACCGAAUUAGUAUGCAGGAAGACCCUCAUUAGUGGGGAGGAACGCAUUUUUUUCCUAGGUUAUAACAAUGGGUGACGUCAUAGACCGUUAUGCAUAUUAACAAAGGGAAUGCAUCUUUUGGGAGGGAAUCCAAAUUAGUAUGCGGGAAGUCCAAGGGAAGUCCAAAAAGGGGCUUAUCUUUGACCCUAGAAGACUACUUAGGUGCUUGAGGGGAAUGCUUUCAUUGGGCAAUGGGCCUCAAACAUUAAAAGAAUUUGACAGGACAAACUUACAGCAGACAUGAGGAGUGUACUAACUCUGCCACAGCAAGACUAACGCACAGUACCACGCUUUUGCAGCACCCUCCCCUAGGGAUUGACAUGGAGGCCCCUUCCCAACCCAUGGCGAGUUAGCUCAGGAACUGAGCUUGACAAUGUGACCAACCAGGAUAGCAAGCCUCCUAUCUUUAUUCUCAUCGCAGUGACCAGAAACCUGCAGGCUAUCGCCAGAUUCCUGUGCGGAUAUUCUAGCCCGUUUUGAAGUAUGUUUUCAAAAAUUCGGCUAGAUAUAUAAAUCUAUAUAAUCUAUUCAAACAGGGAAUUCCGGAAACACACUUUAGGCGAGUUUUCGUGAUAUUUGUAUCUAUAGACCUAGGCUGAGUGGAGAUUUAUCCUUAAAAUGCCACGAAAUUUAUUUUUUACCUCUAGCACCCGCGUUGAGACUAAGCGGUUCUCCAGUUCGCUACGCUGGGAGAGUUGAAGUUCGUAUCAAAGGUGUCUGGGGAACGAUUUUACAAAACGGUUGGUAUUACCGCACUCUCGGUCCAGAAGCAACUCGCGUAAUAUGUAGACAGCUUGGAUUUUCGGACGCUGUGAUAUCUGUUGGUCAUUCCGUGUAUGGACCCGGAGUGGACCCCUUGUGGUUGGACAGUUCCCGUCUGCAUGGAUGUUUGGGACACGAGAAGAACAUAUUGAAUUGCUCAAACAGCUCACCUAGUUUUACACUGACUUAUGGUCAUGACAGUGAUGCCAGUGUUGUAUGCAAGCCCAAAACGUCAUAUACCAAUGGUAAGUAGGAAAAGCUUAUGCAUCAGUCAAUUCUAAAUGCGACCCCCACCCAACCAACAGAGCUCACUAAUCUUUCUUAAGACUUCUAUACCAGAUGAUACUUUUUUUAGACAUUAGUGAUGAACUCGUCAAAAACAUUUGCUGCUGGUUACUUUAUCAUAGCGAAAUUCUGUUUAUAGAGAUAUCGAGCCCUUUCUCUUGUUUUAGAGUCACUAUUCUUUGCCUUAAACCAAAUAACAUUAAUAUUCCGUUUUCAAAGUGACCCUGUCUGCUAUCAUCUAGUUUUGUUAUCAGCCACAUUCAUAUCGUGCUGUAGUUUAGGGAAGCUGCAAGCGGUGAAAGUCAAAUUAUUAGCAUUAUCUGCAUACAUUCAUGUGGUAGCAUAAUCCAUUUUAGUACUCAUUCAAAAUAUUUCCCCGGUUCUGAUUGGCUAAAAGAACACGCAUAAUUCACCAUAACCAGCUGCUGAACUAUCCUAUUGAACCGUUGACCGAGGAAACCUGGGGACGAGGUUGAGUUGUUUUGGUUGUUUGAACAAAAUGGCGAACUGUCGGGCGGACAUUGUACUCGUUUCACGGCGAAAUAUUGUCUAAAAACAUAACAAGAACAGCGAGAAGUCAACUCGACGGACAACAUCUGCUAUUCAGAGUAUAUUUGCAGACCUUUAUCUGCUAAAUUUCCCGAAAAAGAUGCAGUAUCGAUGUGAACUUAACGUCGACCGAGGUAGGCAUUUUUAGCUUGUUUUUAAAGUUGGAAUUAUUUUGAAUGAAUAAUAAAGCAAUUAUUGAAUUCGGCGUAUCGCAGGAUAUGAAGAAUUCUGCAGAUCUCGGAGGGUAUUAUCCACCUCUGCCUUCGGCCUCGGUGGAUAACACCCUCAUUCAAUACUCAGCCUCAUUCAAUAAUUGCUAAAUUUUACAAAGAUCAUUUAUAUAUAUAUAUAUAUAUAACAUUUAUAACAUUUUAGAAUGGAUUUCUCGGAGAUUACGCUAAUCAGUCCCCUGUUUAUAUUAAAAUACGUUGAUUGGUAAGAUCAAGAAGGGCGGUUACUGUUCACUGAAGGGAUUUGAAGCCAUAUUGACGUGGAUCUAACGUUAUUUAUAAUUAAAUAGUGGUAGACUUGCUCAUAGACUAGCUUUUUAAAGAAAUUGGAUACGGUUUAUAAGACUGAUAUUGGUCUAUGAUUAUUUGGAUUUUUACGUUCACCUACUUUGAACAUAGGGAAAACGUUUGCAAUAAUACUUCCAGUCAUCAGGAAAUUCUAAACUUUUAAGUGUAAAUAACCGAAGCAGCAAACUUGAGGAGUUUUUUGCAUAUUUGAUCCAAACCAGUUCCUUUAGCGACAUCUAAUUUUGACAGUAACUCUAAAACUCUUGAAGGUUUCAUUUCACUAAACUUAAAAGAGGACGGUUCUCAUUUUAGGUAAUCUUCAGCAUUUAUAGAUGCUGUAGGAAGAUUUUGUGUGGACCAAUGAUUAGGAUUUAAUUACUCGGUUAUUUAGUCCUCGGAUAGCCAUGAAGUUAUCCGCCGUUUUCUAAAGUUUACUCAUGCCAAAACAGCUAGGUCGUCGCGCCACUGCCCGGAAACGAGGUUUGAUUGUACAUUGGGGCAGUAUACCAUCGAAUCGAAUCGAUUAUAACUUGGCUACAUAUUUCAAAUAAUUAUGGUAAGCGCCCGAUGAAGAAUUAGUGAGCGGAUUUAGACCAAUCAGAAAAGGAGAAAUACUUUGAAUUAAUAAUGAUAAAGCAGCCUGCGUGCUUAUGAGGGCAGGCGAUAUAAGCAUAAACAUAAAAGAAUGCCAAAUACACCCUUAAAGUACCAAAAUUUCCGCGCGAUUUGAUUUUAGACACACUGUUGAUGUCGCAGAAAAUGUCCUUCCUAUAUUUUGCCCAGAUGGGACACAGUGAGGAAAAGCAAGUGAUAAAGGAAUCGAAAUACCAAUAUCGCGCAGAAUAUCUGGACCACAUUGAUUUUCUAUAAACAGCGCGAUGCAGCAAGUUAGAAUACCUUUGUGCUUUGAAAUAUCCUUGUUAAGAGAAUAACGCCCAAAUACGCACCCGCUAGGUUGAACAAACCCUCCUGUUUUUAUCCGCGUUUACAUUUCAUUUGUUUCGUUGCAGACUUUCAGGUUCGCUUAAAUGGAUCCAACCUCUCCUCUGCGGGCACAAUAAAUGUGUUGUAUUAUGGAAUCUGGGGUGGUAUUCUUAGCCAUAAUGUUGACAUUCGUGUAGGUCACGUGGUUUGCCGCCAACUAGGAUAUUCUAGAGCUGAACGGAUUUUUAGGUACCCAUCGUUUGGGCGAGUGAUAGGCCCAUUGUGGAUAUGGAGCAUACAGUGUAAUGGCAACGAAGCAGAAAUAUCUCAGUGCAAAUUGGAAACUUGGGACAAAAUCUGGAAGACGUCAUGGUAUAACUGGCGUUAUCGUGAUAGAUAUUAUAUACAACAUCCACGAAAUGCCGCUAGUUUGCUGUGUAGUAAAGAAAAUUCGAGCCUUUCAAAAGGUGAAGUACGGUGAUAAAUAUUUGAGAAAACAGCCUUCUUUUCCACUGCCGAUUUAAAAGGGGAUGGAAAAAUAAUUUCAUCCCCCGCCCAAAAAAAGGACAUUUUCUCGUCUUCCUGGUCAUUUUCCAAAAAAUAUGUUAAGUUUAAGAUGAGACCUAAAAUCAAGUGGACGAAUAGCACAAAACAUCACAAAAGAUUGGCUUCUUCAAACUAAACAGCAAGCAAUGAUUUUCAGGCUGAAGGAAGAUAGUGGGAGGAGGUAGGGAGAUAUUGAGUGCCCAGAAAUGUCGUUGACCGCGAAGCAUAAUUCGUAAGUGAUAAAGAAAUACCUUUGAAAAAGAAAUAACAAAUCAGGAUGGAUACAGAUUUUUCAACAAAAAAGGAUGACCAAAAUUGAUUCUUAAUACCUAUCUUCAGAAAGAAAAAACAAUUUUGCUGAUGAAACUUCUGCGAUGGAAGCAAAAGCUCCGAAUUUGAAAAUGUUCUCUUCAAUGAAAUAACUCACAUUUUUCUUGGUUUUAAAAGUUUUAAAUGUGAGGCUUGUUGGUGCACCGAUCUCCAAUGCUGGGCGAGUAGAAGUAUUAUAUGUUGGUGUGUGGGGAACGAUUCGUGGCGGGAAUUGGGAUAUCAAUGGUGCUCACGUGGUGUGUCGCCAGCUGGGAUACCCUGGAGCUAUAUUAUUUGGAAGCAGCAAACAGUUUGGGAUCGGAAAUGGACCGUCGUGGUUUGAAAACGUGAGAUGUCUGGGGAAUGAAUCCAGUUUUGAAGAAUGUUCAAAAGAUAUCCUGGGUUAUCCGAAUGGCGGCUACUGGUCAGUGGCAACGGUGCUGUGUGAAUCCAAACCCCAACUAGGUGAGCUUAGUAUACAAGUGAAAAAUAUUUUCUAUGUUUGA